ACUCGGUACAACACUUGUCUCUCAAACCUUCUUCCUCUCUCUCGACAACAGCAGCAGCAGCAGUUGAACUCGUUUGACCAUGGCCAACGAAGCUCUUAACGAGAACCCACCCUAUGGUGCGGUCGAGCACAUCACCACCCACGGAUCCGAUUGGUUGUGGGCCGCCUUCUGUAUCAUGAUACUCUCCGACUUGGUCAUCAUGGUCUGGCACUUCAUGAUCCCAAGAGGUCAACGAGUCUUCCACCAAUUGUGCAUCGUCAUUCUGUCCACUGCCUCGAUCGCCUACUUCUCCAUGGCCUCUGACCUCGGAUACACCAACAUUCUCACUGAAUUCGGACACGGAGAAUACCCCAUCGACGUCACAAGACAGAUCUGGUACGUCCGAUACAUCGACUGGGUCAUCACCACCCCUGCUCUUCUCCUCACCCUCGUCCUCGCUUCGGGUCUCCCCCUUUCCGACAUCAUCACCCUCGUCUUCUUCGACUUGGUCAUGAUCGUUACUGGACUCAUUGGAGCCCUCGUCUUCUCUCGAUACAAGUGGGGUUACUUCUCCUUCGGAUGUGCUGCCCUCUUUUACAUCUGGUGGGUUCUCCUCGGACCUGCUCGAACUUCCGCUGGUGCCCUCGGAGCUGGAUACAAGAAGGCCUUCACUUCCUCUGCUGCUAUCCUCUCCUUCCUCUGGUUGCUCUACCCUAUUGCCUGGGGUCUCUGUGAUGGUGGAAACGUCAUCUCUCCUGACUCUGAAAUGAUCUUCUACGGUAUCCUCGACGUUUGCGCCAAGCCAAUCUUCUGCUUCAUUCACCUCUUCAUGCUCUCCAAGCUUGACCUCUCCGUUCUCCAACUCCACUCUGGCAAGUUCUCCUCUGCUGCCGUUGCCGACCCCGAGAAGAACGGUCGACGAUUCAACGCUGUUGACAACGACUUCUCAACCACCUCCCCUGCCCAGAAGAGCCGAAUGUUCGGAAAGAAGGGCAAGUACGACGCCCCCGCUGCCGGAGCCGGAACUGGAACCGCCAUGGGACACGGAACCACCGGUGUUGCUGGAACUACCACUAGAGAGGAACAACUUGGUUCCCCUGUCGCCGAGCCCCGUGCCUCCCAGGCCACCGCCGUCUCUCACUAAACGGUGACUGACUCUUUCCACUGUCUGCUGCUUCCAUCACACACCACCCUCGACUCGAGCCACCCACCUACGCUAUCAUUCUAUAGUCUGAUCUCUUCACGACUACACGCCAUACUAUAGUUAUAAUCAGCCGUACACUGCUCGCAGUGUCCUUCCAUAAAUGUAGCCUUAUUUUAUCCAGCAUGUAUCCCAUAACCAAUUA